GGCACAGUGGAGCUUGUAAGAAGGAGUCGGGAAGAGACACUCUGACAAGCCAAGUCACAGGGAGACCUUGCACCAGCAGCAGCUUCAUUAUCAUCAGCGGGAGAGUCGGUCACAUGCAGCCACACCGGGACUCUCACAGAUGAACCGUCACGCGUCGCUCGUGGAGCAGUGCGAGGAGCCAGCGACACAGUAGGACAGGGAAGCUUGAUGGAGGGGAUGAGGAGCAUCGCUGCCACCUGACUCACUCUGGGAGUCAGCCUCACCACCUGCAACGGCACGCCGACCUCUCCCUCCACCAAGGAGUCUGAGGCAGACGAGGGGGAGAGAGCUGCUGUGAUUAUGCGCGGGGCAGCGAGCUCCAGCGGAUUCCCCAUCUUUGGCAACGGCGACGGCAGCAGCAGCAGCGGGGGUAGUUGGAGCUUUGGCUCUCCAAACGAUAGCAGAGCCAACUGGAGCUGCAGCAGAACAAGGAGCUCCGACUCCGAAGCUAUUUAUUUAUCCGGGGAUGAAAGCAGCAUUCACAGCCCCGGCGUAAGAGGAACCAGCUGCCGAUGUAGCCACAGUGUUGAAUGUACCUGUAGCCAAAGCAGUGACAGCUGCUGCAAAGCUGGUGCAAAGGACACCUCAGCGGUGCAGUUUGGUUUACUUGUAGUAGCAGCAGGGGGGGCAGUGGCUCAGGACACUGAAUGACCAGUGUGGCUCAUGAAGGCCACCUGGAUCCGCUUGCUGAAACGAGCCAAAGGAGGUCGAGUCAAGAGCUCUGAUGCCUGCGGUUCGGCCGACUCUUACACCAGCCGUCCAUCAGACUCCGAUGUUUCCCUUGAGGAGGAUAAGGAGGCAGCGCGCAGAGAGGCAGAGCGACAGGCUCAGGCACAGCUCGACAAAGCCAAGACUAAACCAGUUGCAUUUGCUGUCCGAACAAAUGUCAGCUACAGCCCGAGUCAUGACGACGACGUACCUGUGCCCGGCAUGGCUAUCUCCUUCGACGCCAAGGACUUCCUCCAUGUCAAAGAGAAAUUCAACAACGACUGGUGGAUAGGACGUCUAGUGAAAGAAGGCUGUGAAAUUGGCUUCAUUCCCAGUCCUGUGAAGCUGGAAAACACUCGCAUCCUCCAGGAGCAGAGAGCCAAACAGGGAAAGUUCCUCUCCAGCAAACUGGGAGCAAACUCAUCGUCUAGUUUAGGUGAAGUGGUUCCUAACUCAAGGAAAUCUACUCCUCCUUCAUCUGCUGUUGACAUAGACGCCACAGGUUUAGACCCAGAAGAAAAUGAGCUCCCAGUCAACCUGCGCUCCCCUAAAGCCAGUCCAAACACUGUUAUAUCACCCCUAGCAAAAGAGAAACGAAUGCCCUUCUUUAAGAAGACGGAACACAUUCCUCCAUACGACGUUGUGCCUUCCAUGCGGCCCGUAGUUCUGGUUGGACCGUCUCUGAAGGGCUACGAGGUGACGGACAUGAUGCAAAAAGCACUGUUUGACUUCCUGAAACAUCGAUUUGAGGGAAGAAUUUCAAUCACCCGUGUCACGGCGGAUAUCUCGCUUGCCAAACGCUCGGUACUGAACAAUCCCAGCAAGCACGCCAUCAUCGAGCGCUCCAACACACGAUCCAACUUGGCUGAAGUCCAAAGUGAGAUCGAGCGGAUUUUCGAACUGGCCCGGACGUUGCAGCUGGUGGUUCUAGAUGCCGACACCAUCAACCAUCCGUCUCAGCUUGGGAAGACAUCCCUAGCACCCAUCAUCGUCUACGUGAAGAUCACCUCCCCCAAGGUGCUGCAGCGGCUCAUCAAGUCCAGAGGCAAGUCUCAGGCCAAACACCUGAAUGUCCAGAUGGUGGCCGCUGACAAGUUGGCGCAGUGUCCUUCUGAGAUGUUUGAUAUCAUCCUCGAUGAGAACCAGCUGGAAGAUGCGUGUGAGCACAUGGCUGAUUACCUCGAAGCUUACUGGAGGAGUACUCACCCCACCAGUUCCAGCCCCCCUGACCCGGUAUUGACAAACCUGCCCGCAGCGGCCCUCCCAAGCGCACAGACGCCAGCCUUUGCCGUGCAGGGCAACGGUACGGAGCAGAAAGGAGAAAAGGCGUUGGUGGAAAGGAAGGGGUCCAAAGAAGACAACCAGCAUCAUCAUCACAAGCACCAUCACCACCACCACCAGAGCCAGGAGCAGGCAGACAUAGAGGCUGAUGGGGACAGCAAUGAGGAGGAGAGGCCUUUAAGGACAGAGUCCAGCAAGAGAGCCCCACACAUCCACCACAAGUCAUCAUCCACUAGAACUGAGCAUCACAACCACCAUCAUCACCAUCACCACCACAGCAGCAAAGCCAGGGGCCUCUCCCGGCAGGAGACUUUGGACUCAGAGACUCCUGAGAGCAGAGAGAGUCGCGAGUGCAAGGACUCGGCUCGCAUCGAGUCGCGGGCUCCGCUCCGCCAUCAGGACGAGGAGGAUGAGGAGGAGGAGGAGGAGGAGGAGGAGGAAGAGGAGGACGAUGACGACGAGGAAUUAGGGGAGGGGCACCCCCAGCAGCAGCAGCGCUACGAGCCACUGCCCCACCGGGACCACAAUCACCAUCACCACCACCACCAUCACCGCAGCGGGGCAGACGAGGCCGGCCAGGGACAUCAACGCUCCAAAGAGCGCGAGCAGGACCACAACGAGCGAAACAAGCAGCGCUCUCACCACCACCACCGGCCGGCACGAGACCACCACCACCACCACUACGAGCGGGACAGGGACAGGGAGAGGGACCGUGAGGGGGAAGUGGCUCCCAAAAAGAGAGGUGAGGCAGGUGAGGUGUGGGCCAGAGACUCACACAUCCAUCAAUGACAGACCAAAGUCCUGCUGAAGCCCUUCUGGACUCUUUGUCCCCCCCAUCAUGCUGCUAAACCCUGAAGCAUCCCGUUUCUCUCUCCAUCUUUGUAAAUGCUGUCACGUCUUUUACAGGAUUUGGA